GCAUAGAGUUUUGUAAACAAAAGCCUGUCAUUUUGGCCACGUUGGAAGUUAGCACGUCAGAGUGAUUAUUUUAUAUAUAAUGUUGAAUUAUAGGAAAAGUAGUAGUGGGCUUUUUAAUUUAAUGGUAAUAGCAUUACACGGAAAAUGGCUGCUGAUAUCAUUCCAAUCGUAAAUCAACCGAUAUAUCAAGAAACCAGCGUUGUUUCACAAGUUGUUGAUGAUACGUUACUAUAUACAUUGAAGACUUUAAUCAAGAAAUAUAAAAAGCGAAUGGGUGACACCGAUGACUUUUGCGUUGUUUCAGGGGGACUUCAACAGUUUAUUAACAAACAGGAAAAAAAGAUGAGUGUUGGAGAUCAAAAUAAACGUGGACUAAAUGUCAAUAAUUUACCGGUUAAUGUCAAAAUUAAGAUAUUUUCUUAUCUGGAUGCCAUUCAGUUGUGCAGAAUAUCAAGAGUGUGUAAGGAAUGGUAUGACUUGACUUCUGACAACAUACUCUGGAGUGAGAUUUUAGAGAGAGAUAUUCGUAGCUGGAAUGUGAUCAGCCAUAGGACAAAUCCGGGACUGUACAAAGAGGUGGAGUCGGAGUGGAGCAACAAAGAAAUAUACCUGCACUGUUCACCAACUACAAAUCAUCUUAUGCAUGAAGAGAAUGCUUUAUUCAGAAGCUUCACAAGUAUGAUCCGUUCUUUCCUACCUAAAAAGACCCCAAAGAUAGCCAUGUUUGGACCUGGAUUGGAAUCAGGGACGCUGAAAAUUGUUCCCUUAAUUAUCAAUAAUACAGACAUGCUAAAGACUGUGGGAGUUGCUCCAGGGGAAUUUACUGGAGUAGGAGCAGGGUUUUACCUGAAGAUUCCAAGCGGGCAGGUAUUUCAGUUGGCCAUUUUAUAUUCUGCUUCAUCAAAAGUCCGAAAGACAAGACGUAAAAGGUUGGAAAAUAAUAGUCUGGUUGAAUUAGUCUCAAAAGACGGAGAACAAGUUGUGGAACUCAAACCAGCAGUAAGGGCUUGCUGCUGUGCAAUGGAUGCAUUCAUCUAUGUUGUAGAUUCAACAAAAGGAAACCGAUUUGAACAAGAAGACUAUGACGAGUUAAUGGCUGUGGUCAAUGAGAGAUGGUCUGCUCCACAUGUCCCCGUCUUGAUCAUGUCCUGUACACCCACCAAUCAGCAGCAACGAAUUCCCUGUAUAGACGUCAUAAAGAUGUUAAACUUGUCAUCAUUUAACAGACCAUGGCAGGUACAGGAUGUGAAUGUAGACAUGUUGACAGGUGUGAUUCCCAGCAUUCAAUGGUUGAUUGAACAGUCCCAGAGACGGUGAUUGUCAAGGCAAUGCUCUCUAACAGUUCUGACGAUUUAAUCCAAAUGGUGCACAUCGUCAAGAUGAAUAGAGAACCACUGUGUGUUAUUAUACAGGAGUAAACAUUAGGCACUGCAGGUUCACAGAACAUCUACCAGUGAAUGUGAUACUUUCACACAAAAUGCUGCCUUCUUUUGAGAUAUACAUGUACCUUUUUUGAAAAAAUUGUGAGGAUAAUGUUCAGUGACUUUAUUAAUACUAAACACCGAAUGCUGCCAUUUUUGUAACAACUGUUACUGCAUUCUUCUGUCCAGUGGUUAAUGAAUACACCAAAGACUGUGAUACUUACGCUUACUUACUGUGUCUUAUUUUUUACAUACAUGUGAAGGAUGAGAUUAUUAAAAUGUUAUCAGUAAUAUAAAUCAA